AUCGUGUGAUGUGUCAGCAGCCUCACAAGAGCAUCACGGGUCAGAGCUUUGCUGCACUUGUCCAAAACUCUCUUAGACUACAUUUCCAGAAGUGCCUAUCUCUAAUUUAGCUCUACGUUUUCUCUCAUACUGCAUGCGUGACGCCCACCUCAGAUCACCUCAGACCACCACAGAUCCUUCUUGAUACUUUGUGUUUUGCAUUGUGGGGAAGAUGAUCGGAGCCCUGCUGCUUCUGAUACUGCAGCCAGGACCUGUGAGUUCUGCUUGGUCAGUGACUUUUGAAAACUCAGAUCCUUGUGGUUUAAAGGGAUCAUCAGUGGAGUUCAGGUGCUCAUACAACUACCCAGAUGGUGAAAGUGUUACUAACACUACAUGGCACAGAGGGGGAUUAAAAGAUAAACAGUGGAAACGUUUUAAGCUUUCAGAACUUCCUUCAUAUCAAAAUCGUUCUGAAUAUAUUGGAGACCGGCAGCACGACUGUAGCCUGGUAAUUCAUGACCUGCAGGAUAAUGACACUGGAUUUUACUACUUCAGGUUUGAUACGGAGAGCUACGGAUGGCAUAGUAAAAAAUCAGUGUAUCUGUCUGUCACAGAGAUGAUCAGUGCCAGAGUGAACCCUGACAGAGUCAGAGCCGGAGACACCGUGACUCUUGAAUGUGGAACAUCCUGUCAACAUCCCAGCGUAGUUUGGUUUAAAGAUGGACGACCAGUAGCAAAACCAGAGUUCCAGGCUCAGACAGAGGAUUCAGGGAACUAUGCAUGUGCUCUCAAAGGACAGGAGUCAGUGCUAUCGGACCCUGUGGCUCUGGAUGUUCAGUAUCCCCCGUUGAAUGUGUCUGUUGAGGUGAGUUAUGGCAACCUGACAGUGGGCAGCAGUGUGAACCUUACCUGCAACAGUACUGCUAACCCUGCAGCAGACAACUACACCUGGUACAAGAGGACAGCUUCUUCCAGCUCUAUGGUUCAGGUGGGCUCAGGACAGGUGAUGUCUUUUCCCUCUGUGGAGGCGUCCCACACUGGACUCUAUCUCUGCCAGGCCAGGAACCCACUGGGCGUGGACAACUCAGCUGAGGUUCUGCUGACAGUGGACAAAACAGACAUUAACCAUUUGAUCCUCCUUGUUGGUAUUGGAGUCAAAGUCGUCAUUGUGCUGUUGCUUACACUGGCCGUUAUCUGGGCAUGGAGGCACAGAUGUAAUUCUACUGUGGACAAAGAGGACAACGGCCCUGAAUAUGAAAACAUCAGCCCAGUCUAUAUGGGUCAAAAAGACAGAAGGAAAUGACUCUUUAAAAAAACUAGAGAAGCAUGAUGACAUUUCAUGAAUUGACACAAGAUAUCUCUAGUCUGUUACAGAGCUCAACCAAAAAACUGUUACACUUGAGGAGUUUUGACUUCCUGAUUCGUCUGUGUAAACGUUCCGUCCUUCUCAUGACUCCCUGUAACACCGGAGACACAAGGGUUACGAAUUGUAACAUUAUCAUAAACUGAGGCCCAGUAGCUCACCUGGUAGAGCUGGUGUGGCCCUUUGCUGUGUGUCAUCUCCUCUGUCUGUCUCUCCUGUCUAUCUUCUGCUGUCCUACUAUUCUAUACUGAUGUUUCAUCAAUGAAAUACCCACAACCAUGCUGUUACUAAGUUAAGCUAUUUUCAUCUGUUUUGAAUAUAGCCCCUCUUCCUAUGAUUGCAGCAGUGAUUAUUAUUGUCUGUAGUUGCUGGUCUUAAAAUAUUGUUGCAGAGCAUUUUCACUGAAGUGACUGGUUUUCUACUUCAGCAGUCUGAAUCAAGAAUCACUGUGGUCAAAUCAGGAUAUGCUGCCCUCUUGAGUUAAAAAUACUCAUUGUUUUUGUAAACUUGUAAAUGCUUCAGUCUAUCAACUUAUCAGUAGUAUUUACAUUAUUAACCUUAACCAUAACCUUUUUAAGGUGGAAGGUUUUUUAAGGUUAUGAUUGAGGUUGGUCUUCCGAUUUUAUUUAAAAUAGAUUUUAUUUUCAGUUGUAACAGAAACAACAUACAACAGCAUAGCGUUUAUUGGGUCAAUGCAUUUAAAAAGUUGUUCUACACUGUAAACUCAUCAACAUGUGCAUGACACAGAUAUACAUAGCAGAUCUUUGGUUAAUAUGCUAGACUGGACCUGCUGCAUGCAGAAGAACAGCAUAUCAAACUUGAAUUGAAGCUGCAAGCAGCAAUGAACAGCCUCUUGCAGUUUGUGUGCGUCAGUGUGUGCUGUGCUCGUGUUAUGCGCCAGCAUAUCAUGUCUAGACCACACUGAGAAAAAGUCAUGUAAAUCAGGUGAUGAUUGCCAUUCAACCCUUACUUCUUGUUGCAUUUGCAGUGGUCGCUCUAUGGUCCCAAAUAAAUGCUGGCUGCUGUAACAACUGUAUAGAUUAUUGUUGUUGUAUGACGCAUAUUGUGACGCCCUCUUGUUUAUCAUCACACUGAUUAUUUUUCUAUUGUUAAGAUGUUUUGCUAAGCAAUAAACUCUGUCUUGUUUCCAAG